CAAAAGGAAGGAAUACUGUAGUCUUCUAGUAAAACAGGUUUAUCUAGUUAACAGAACAAUGGAUUCUAUGCUGUCUUUAUCAAUGGAAGAACCUGUUAAGAAGAACUCUAUUAAGAAACUUAAAAUAAUUUGUUUUGUUCUUCUCGCUUUGUUGGUGAUUGUGUCACUUGGAUUAGGGCUGGGCCUUGGACUCAGGCAACCGGAAAAGCAAGGCAGCUGCAGGAGAAGAUGCUUUGAUUCUUCAUAUAGAGGAUUGGAGGGCUGCCGGUGUGAUGUGGGAUGUAAAGACCGAGGCGACUGCUGCUGGGAUUUUGAAGACACCUGUGUGGAAUCAACUCGAAUAUGGACCUGCAAUGCGUUUCGUUGUGGGGAGACCAGACUAGAAUCCAGCCUUUGCUCUUGUUCAGAUGACUGUUUGCAGAGGAAAGACUGCUGUACUAACUAUAAGAGUGUUUGCCAAGGUAAGCAGAGGAU